AAAAGUUAAAACAAUGCCUAUAAAUACCCUCUUCAAUUAUCUCCACAACUCAUCAACAAUCUAAUUUUAACUCUCAAAAAUCAAUUCUUUCUUUUAAUUAGCAAUUCAAAAAAGAAAAAAAUGGGAGUGAAGAGUUUUUUCCAAGAAAUGAAAGCCAAGGCAUCACCAUCAAGAAUGUUCAAGGCUUUGGUCACUGAAUCACACGACAUCGUCCCUAAAAUCACCACCUCGAUCGAGAGCAUCGUGACCGUCGAAGGAGAAGGUGUCACCCCGGGUUGCAUCAUGCAGACUAACUUCCCCGAGGGUGCACACUUCAAGUACGUUAAGCACAGAAUCGAUGCAGUCGACACGGAGAACUACGUGUGCAAGUACACAUUAGUCGAAGGAGAUGUACUUGGUGACAAGCUCGAAAAAAUCUGUUACGAAAUCAAAUUCGAGGCCUCCGAAGAAGGAUGCAAUAUUAAGGUGACAAGUGAGUACCACACGAAGGGUGAUUUCGUAAUUAAUGAUGAUGAAAUUAAAGCUGGGAAAGAACAAGCUUUGGGAUUGUACAAGGCUUGUGAAGACUAUCUCAUUGCCAAUCCUCAUGUUUGUGCUUGAUUAAUUAUUUAGUAUAUGUUUUCUAUUCUGGAUUGAUUAAAUCCAUGAUUAGAGAACUAUGUACUAUGUAUUAUGUUUGUUUGGUUUUCUUGUUUUUGUUUUGAGUGAAUGGAUGUAAUAAUCCUUAUAAUAAAGGAACACUAGCUAGUUCCUGUGUUUGUUUGCUUUUUCUGAUAUCUGAUUUCUAUGAGUAUAAAUCUUUGAUUA